CUUGAGCAAGGACCUCGCCCGCAACCUCUCGCUGGCGCUCCUCCUCCUCCACCACCUCCAUUUCGCUGCUGGAGCUCAGAGCUCUCACUGGGAGAAGACGAGGAGAGUCGGAGAGGCGCGCUAACUGCUGACCGGGUGGCAAUGGGGUAUGAGAGGAUACACAAAGUCCAGAUGGGUGUCGUAUCUCCAACCAAGCUCAGGAUGAAGCUGCUGGGCUCCCAUGGCGGCAACAAGGACGAGGCCACUCGCAAGUCGCCGCGGGCGUCGCCGUCGAGGCUCGAACACGACGACGAGGCAGACCACCCCAAGAACAGCCUCCUGCCUCAAGAGCUCGACGAAGAGUACCCAAAGGACCGGUCGGAUUCGUCCCGGUCGCGCUCCAACGCCAGCCACGGCAGGGCAGCGCGCAGCGGCGGCGGCGGGAGUGGCAGCGGCUGCGACAGCGGGAUCGAGAACGGCGGCGCCGGCGGCAACUUCGAGUUCUACAAGGAGGAGAGGGCGGCCCUACAGCCGCCACCGCCGCCCGCGGUGGCCGUGUCCGGGCCGUUCUUCCGGCAGGUGCCGUCCAAGUGGAACGACGCGGAGAAGUGGAUCGCGGGGCGGCACGUCGUGCACUCCAACCCCAUCUUCUCCAAGAAGCCUGCCGCCGCCGCGUCGCCGCACGGCACCACCGGCGGCGGCCGCGUCGCGCCGGAGUCCGCGGCGUCGAAGGCUGGCGCCGGCGCUUGUUGCGACAGCCAGAGCUCCCGCGGCGGCGGCGGCGGUGGCGCCGUCAGCGCGAUGACCGAGCUGUCGUCCAAGUCCUCGUCGCCGUCGUCGGUGAGCGGGCCGGCGAGCAAGCCGCCCCACAAGAGGCUCCGUUUCUCGUCGGCGGGCGCGGCGGCGUCGGUGUCGGUGUCGAUGCGGGACGUCGGGACGGAGAUGACGCCGAUAGCGAGCCAGGAGCAGUCGCGGAGCGGCACCCCCGCCGGCGCCGCCACGCCGUCGCUCAGCCCGCUCUGCUCGGUGCCGUCCAGCCCGAGGGGUGGCGGCAGCGCGUCGGCGUCCUCCUCCGCGUCGGAGCGGGAGCUCCGGCUCAGGACGCGGCGGGAGAUCGCCGCGCUCGGGCUGCAGCUGGGCAAGAUGAACAUCGCGUCCUGGGCCAGCAAAGAGGAAGGCCUUCUCGCCGCCCAUGCCGCCGCGUCGCCGGAGGAGAGCACCGUAGACAUCGACGAGGAUAUCAAGAGGAAGGAGUUCGAAGCGCGCGCCAACGCCUGGGAAGAGUCCAAGAAGUGUAAACUCGCCUCAAGAUACAAGAGGAAGGAGGGGGAGAUACAGGAAUGGGAGAGUUGCCAGAAAUCCAAAUUUGAAGCCAAAUUGAGGCAGGCUGAGGCGCAGGCUGAGCAGAUGAAAGCCCGGGCGAAGCAGGACCUGGCCAAGAGGCUGUCCGCCCUGAGCCACAAGGCGGAGGGCAAGCAGGCGAGGGUGGAGGCUCGCCGGAGCCGGCAGGCGGCCCGGCUGGCGCGGGAGGUGGAGCGCAUCCGCAAGACCGGCCGUGAGCCGUGCCGGCUCCGGCGGUGCUGCGCAUGGUUCCUGUGAUCGGCGCCGGGCUUCCUCCCGUUGGUGCAGAUAACUGAACCCUGAAGGUCCCGAACUCUCUGUCAGAUGAAUGCUUGGGGACGGGACAGCAUCAUGGCAUCAGCUUUGUACAUGAAACCAUCGUCAAAUCUGUCACAUGCUGUGUGCUUCUGCACAAUUGAGCUAUUUGUUGUGGUGUGGAUGCCAUUGCCAACUGCCCUGUGAGUUGUGAGUUGUGACAUGCUCUUGCUGAACUUGGUGCUGCAGCUAGCUCAUCUAGACCUGAUGUGUUAAGACAGUCUCUUGUUUUGACUGCUCAGCAUUACAGAAGCAAAGAGAAACCCCUCGCCCAGUUUGUUGUACACAAGGAUGCCAAGAGAAUUUAGAGUAAAUUCUGAAUCAACAUCCCUCUCGCAUCUUGUUCGCUUCUUCAUAAACUCUGCUCUUGCGUUGUCUGAACUCUGAAUCUCUGAGCAGGCAGGUUUCAGGAAUUGUUCAGUUGCUACGCUUGUCACUCAAUUUGCAGCAAUCUCUGAGACCAGGCCAACAAUAACUGUUCUAUCCGAAACUCUGCUUAGUGCUUACUGUCAACCUGAUCUGAUGCCCAACUUGUAAUUCCUGGAAAAGCUACCAUCAAGGCUUCCACAAGGAUUUGGACUUGGACUUGCGAUGGCGGUGGGCUCAUGGCUUCCCCUGCACAGGCCGGCGUGCACACAGGCUGACGCCGUGCGCUGCACCUCCUCCUACCUGGCUUGCACACAGGCUGACGCUGCUCCGGGAUUGUGAGGCGUCUGUCGCGCGGCGCCGCUGCUGAUAGGGGUGGGGAGGCUCUCGGCUCCUUCCCAUGGCUUCCCUCGCCGCCUCGUGGCUGGCCGGCGGGCGGCGUUGGCCUCCCCUCGGCCCUCGCCGCCACCACGGGGGUGGACGGUAUUCCAUUUACCGGCCACCCCCAAGUACCUGCCAGCCGUUUGAUUAUCAGCCGACGGUUGUGAUUUAACAAACGGGCCGUUGAAAGCACCGGGCGCUCCACCGCCCUCUCGUCGUCCCGCCGCUCUGCUUCGCCAGCCUCGCCGCCGCCCUCCGGCGCCAUGAUCUGCACCGCCUCCUACCUCGCUCGCCGCGUGAACGCAGCGCACCAAGCGUGGCGGGGUCGGCCCCUCCUCCCGAGCGACACCCGACGCGGCGACGCCCACCGUUCGCUCUGCUCCUCCGACCUCACCGGUCACCACCGGCACCAUCCACUACCUCUGCGAGGUGCCUGCCGCUGACGCCGCUGCUGGUAGGGACGAGAAGGCUCUCUGCUCCUCUCCAUGGCUUCCCUCGCCACGUCGCAGCUGCCGGCGGGAGGCGUUGGCCACUUGGUCUCCGCUCGCCGCGGCCAGGGGGUGGACGGUAUUUCAGGUAGCUGUGAGCCGUUCAAUCCUCAACCGACGGUUGAGAUUAAGCAAGGGAGGCCCAAUACCAUGGAGCAGUUGAAUGGGACCGAGCGCUUCGCCGCCCUGUCGUCGUCCCGCCGGCCGCCGCGCUGCUUCGCCGGACUCUCCGCCGCCCUCCGGCGAGCUCCAAUACCCAACUAAAUUAAGUUCAGUACUAAGCUCCCGUCAUCCUGCUGAAGAGAUGAUGCGAGCUGUGAGAAAUGUGGCGCUUGUUGCCGUAGAUGUUGUUAGGGCCUGUUCAUGACUAAAGGUGUACUGUCACCUUGAAUGUUUAUAUUCUAAUUCUUAGAAGUAUUAAAUAUAUGU